UGAAGAAUUUACUGAACUGAAACACAACAAACACACACACCUCACAAAUUUUUGUGUUUGUCCUCAGCAGCCAUGUCUGUUCUCCUUCCUUCAUCUUCAACUCUUCUCCCUCACAGCAACAAGUUAAACUAUGUUAGCAUAAGCCCCAGUGAUGUAGCAAGGAAGACAAAUGUUAUGAGAAAAGUUUCUGGAAACGGAGACACUCUCAAGUAUAAGGUUAAGGUAGUGAUGGCAAAAGCUAAAACGUCGUUAGAGGCAGAUUUCUUACGCGCGCAAGAUAAUUCGGCUAUUGAUGAAGAGACUGAUUUUGGAAUUGUAAAUCUUCACCAUGUCGGGAUAUUGUGCGAAAACCUUGAGCGAUCACUUGAUUUUUACCAGAAUCUUUUGGGUCUCAAGAUAAAUGAGGCAAGACCUCAUGAUAAGCUCCCUUACAGGGGUGCCUGGCUCUGGGUUGGUUCUGAGAUGAUUCACUUGAUGGAACUUCCAAAUCCUGACCCAUACACAGGUCGGCCCGAGCAUGGUGGCCGAGAUCGUCACACCUGCAUUGCCAUUCGUGAUGUGUCUAAGCUAAAAGCCAUUCUCGACAAAGCUGGUAUUCCUUACACCCUUAGUCGCUCUGGGAGACCAGCAAUCUUUACAAGAGACCCAGAUACAAAUGCACUGGAAUUCACACAGGUUGAUUGAUGAAUCGUAUUGUAUGUAGUUAAGAAAUGUUUAUGCAGUUUUCUGAAGAUGUUACACACCAGAAAUUCAUGAGCAUAUUAUGUUAAUAACAUCUCUAUAAGGAACAUGAUUUGUACAAACAGAUGCAUUCGUAAUAAAGAAUAUAGACCGAUCAGUUCUAUCUAGUAA